AUGGGCCACCCUGGGCCAUGGCUGCACACUUCUCUCCUCUGCGCCACAGUGGUCAGCCUGCUCCUCCCUCCUGCCAUGACCCAGCAGCUGAGAGGGGCUGGGCUGGGCCCCAGCAACUGGAACAACAAUGCAAACGUCGCAGGGCCCUCAGAGGACACAUCGGCCGAGGUUAGCCACCAGAUCUACAGCCACGGAGGCCACCGAGAUGAGAGUGAGGAUGUUUCCACAGAAAAUGGACGUCAUUCCCACAGUCAUAGUGACCAGAGAGGGGAGGAUAAAGAUAUCUCCAGGGAUUAUGGCCACCAGCACGGAGCCCACAGGUACCAAGGCCAAGAGCUUGCAGAUGGGCAUGUCUCAGAGGAGGUCUUCACAGAGCAUGCUGAGCAAGCCCACGGGCACAGAGGCCAUGACGAGGAAGACGAAGGGGACUCAGCCGAGCAUGAGAACCACUUCCCCAGCCACAGGAGCCACAGCGAUGAAGAUGAAGAUGAGGAUGAGGAUGACAUUGUAUCCAGUGAGCAUCACCAUCACAGCCCCAGGCAUGUGCACAGGGGUCCUCGAGAGGGAGACGAUGAUGAAGGAGAAGAGGAAGAAGAGGAGGAAGGGGAGGAGGAAGUCUCCUCUGAGUAUAGGUACCAGGGCCACAGGCAUCAAGGCCAUGGCAGUGAGGAGGAGGAGGACAUCUCAGAUGAAUACCACCAUCAUGUCCCUGACCAUGGGCACCAAGGCAACAAAGAAGAAGAAGAAGAAGAAGAUGAUGAUGAUGAUGAUGAAGAUGAUGUCUCUGCUGAGUAUGGACACCAGACCCACAGGCACCGAGGCCACGGGAAUGAAGAGGAGGAGGACAUUUCAGAUGAACACCACCCUCAUGUCCCCAGCCAUGGACAUGGAGAUCAUGAAGAAGAUGAUGAUGUUUCUAUUGAGUAUGGACACCAGACCCACAGGCACCGAAGCCACGGGAAUGAAGAAGAGGACGUCUCAGAUGGACACCACCAUCAUGUCACUGACCACGGCUACCAAGGCCACAGAGACAAGGAAGAUGAAGAUGAGGAUGUGUCCACUGAGCAUUGGCACCAGUUUCCUAGACAUGGCCACCAUGGCCUUGGGGACAAGAAUGAGGAAGAGGAAGAGGAGGAGGAGUUCAUAGACAAGCUCAGCCAACAUGUUGCGAGGCACCAACCCCAAGGCCACAAGAGCGAUGAGGAGGAGGACUUCCCAGAGGAGUAUAAAACAGACGUCCCUGUCCAUCACCACCCUGGCAUCUCAAAGGAGGAAGAGGAGGACAUCUCUGCCGAGCUUGGUCACCAGGCCCCCAGCCACAGGGAACAAGACCACCAAGAUGAAGGGACUGAUCAUGGUCACAGAGGAUCCAUUCAAGAGGAGAUUAGUCAUCACUCCCUAGAGCACAUGCAGGUUGGGAGGGAGAGUGACUCGGGAGAGGAAGAGGAUGACCGCUCCCCUGAGGGAGAUGAUGAAGGCUCUGAGCAGGGAGUGGAAGAAGCCCAACACCACCACCUGGCCCAGGAAGACCAGCAGGAUGAAGAGGAAGGUCAUGGCCUCAGCCUGAGCCAGGAGGAAGAAGAGGAGGAAGAUGAGGAGGAGCAAGAAGACAGGAGGGAAGAGAGGGCUGAAUUUCUGGUCCCACCGAGCCAAGAUCACAGAAAAGAGGAAGAGGAGGAGGAAGGCUUAGAGGAAGAUGAGCUCCCCUUCACCAUCAUCCCUAACCCCCUGGCCAGUAGGGAGGUGGCUGGGGAUGGCUCUAGUGAGGAGGAGAGUGGUGAAGACACAGGUCUGCAGGACACCCAGGAAUAUGGGAAUUAUCAACCAGGGUCCCUGUGUAGCUACUGCACCUUCUGUAAUCGAUGCACUGAAUGUGAGAACUGUCACUGUGACAGUGAGGAGAACAUGGGAGAACACUGCGACCAGUGCCAGCACUGCCAGUUCUGCUAUCUCUGCCCUCUAGUCUGCGAAACUCUGUGCACUCCAGGAAGCUACGUCGACUACUUCUCCUCCUCCCUGUAUCAAGCCCUGGCAGACAUGCUGGAAACUCCGGAACGCUGACCUGGUCGCGCGGCUGCAUCGCAUAUGGACCUCCCCCUGCCCUCCACCCCCUAACCACGAGCCAUAUU